ACUGCAAAAGUGCUCGCACUGCUAGCAUGCGGUCACCUUAGCGUAUCUGGCCACAUUUGCCACUUCCUCCAACUUCAAGAUGGCGAAGGUCGUAGCAUUCUUCACAAGGGUAGGAACAAAUGUGGUGACCUCAACCCGACCUAAAUUGGCCACGGCAUGGAAGUACUCAAAAGUUGAGCUCCGACCCCCAUCCUUCUCCGAGAUCCCAGAGGUACAGCAUGGCUUCCAGAAGCUUAUCGCCUCCUACAGAACUGGUGCAUACAAACAGCUCACCGUCAGGGAAGCAUGGCUUAACACACUGAUCGGCGCCGAGAUUUUCUUCUGGUUCGUGGCGGGCGAGUGCAUCGGCAAGGGAGGAGUCAUCGGCUACAACAUCCCCGGCGCUGUCAACUGGGACAUGCACUUUUAAACAUAUGUAGUUCUUAGUAUAAAUGAAUGCAUUAUCAGUUGUCAGACAAAUAGCACAGCAAUGGUACUUUGUGAAAGAUUUCGUUCUAUGCCGCACGUUCUUGAUGAAGUGUUUGGAGGAAUUUCUCAUCGUUAUUAUUGUACCCUUUUUGAGAGAAAAGAGUGCCGGCAAAGUGACUGUUGGCCUGGCGAAAAGUCUCAACUCAUAUGUUGUGUAGAGCGGUGAAGUGAACCCUUGUAUGUGAUUGUUGAGGCGAUUGUCAUGGGUGAAUAGUUACCUGGAAUAAACGAGUGAUUUCUAUGA